GAACGAUUGAGGCGUCAUCGGCGGAUCUACCACCAGGAAUUUCGUGCAGAAGCAAUAACUCCUUACCACCAACUAUUCCGUCGCAAGGCGCAUGAACUGCUAUGCAAUUUACUUUACUUGAAACUUCCAAUGAAUACCACCAGCAUUGCGAAGCGUCAGAAUUUAUACGUUCUGACAAUAGCACGGACGGCUCAGACCCAUUUGUAACUCUCAUUAGUGAUGCAAUGCGGUUGAUUGUCCAGUCUGCAUCCUCUGAACGGGCUGCCUUAGUGGCUGCCAUACCCAUAUUGUUAAUGCAGUAGCGCGCAUUCCUCCGUGGUUCCCUGGCGCAGGUUUUAUACGUCGUGCCCAGCGGUCCCAGAAGCUCGCUCGUGAGAUGCAGGACAGUCCGUUUGCCUUGUCGGAGUCAUUUUUAGUCGCAGGGGACGGUGAUAUCGCUUGCUUAGUUCAUAAUCAAAUGAAAAGGAUGAAGGAGAGAGGUAUUCUGGUCGGGGAGGAAUCUGUUAUCAAAGAGGUCUCAUCCACGACCUUUGCAGGUGGAGUUGAAACCACUGCUUCGAAAUUACUGAUGUUUUUGCUCGCUAUGGCACUCAAUCCUACAAUUCAAGUUCGCGCUCAAGCAGAGAUUGAUAGCAUUAUCGGUAGUGAGACGUU